CACUUCAGUCUAACAACAAUAGAGACGGAAGGAAGGUGGAUGGAUGAACAGAUGGAUCAAUGGAGGAGGAGGAGGACAUACCCUGCAGUGUGGAAGGAGACCGUUGGGAAUAGACCUUACUAAACAUCUUGACCUACAAAAACUGCAUUGCAUUUUGCAUUGAUGCAUUUGGAAGAUGCAAGUAUGCACAUUGCCUGGAACAGCUUUGGCAUUGUUGAGCUACAGGAACAUUCACAUGGCCAAAAAAAAACAAAAAAAACGAUCAACAUAGAUAAACAAACCUGCAAUCCUGUGUUUCCCCUUCCGAUAAAACAAGAAAAUCAUGGAUCUUUACAUUCAAAAACUGCACUGGAUUUUGCAUUAAUACAUUUAGCAGAUGCGAGGUGGGUUGCCUGGAUUAAAAAUGCACAACCUUGAUGUUGUUGAGCUACAGGAACACUGACACAACCAGACAAUAAUCUAAACACAAAAACUGCAUAGCAUUUUGAACAUCUUGAACUACAAAAAUUGCAUUGCAUUUUUAAUUGAUCCAUUUAGCUGAUGCAACCAUGUGCAUUGCCAGAAAUUAAACACACAACCUUGAGCUACAGGAAUGUUCACACAAACAGAAAAUAAGAUUUUCACACACACCUGCAUUCAGAAAAUCACACAACUUUACAUUGCAUUGCAUUUUAACAUCUCAAACAACAAAAAUUGCUUUGCAUUUUGGCAUUAUUGAGCUACAGGAACAUUGACACAACCAGAAAAUAUGAAAAACAGACAUAAACACACCCACACUCAUGGUGUUUUUUACCGAUAAACCCAUAAAUACAUCACACAAACACAGAAUAUGACAUCUCAGAUAGCAUUAGCUGUGACGCUCUCUGUUCUUAUCCUCUUCACUGUCAGUGGAAAUAUUUUGGUUUGUCUUGCUGUGUACACGACCAGAAGCCUACGUAAUGUCACCAACUGCUUCAUUGUCUCUCUAGCGAUUACAGACUUUCUACUGGGCGCUCUCGUGCUGCCGUUUUCCACCCUUUACCAAGUUACAGGCGAUUGGCCACUGGGGGCGCACUUCUGCAACAUCUACAUCUCCCUGGAUGUCAUGUUAUGCACUGCCUCCAUACUUAAUCUCUUCGCUAUCAGCUUAGAUCGCUACUUUGCGGUCACUGCCCCAUUGCGUUAUCCAAUGCUAGUGCUUCCGUGGAGAGUUGGUGCGGUUUUAGCGAUAAUCUGGCUGGUUUCGGUGGCCGUUUCAUUUGUACCUAUCCACCUAGGCUGGAAUACAAGAGACUUAAGCGUGCAAAAUAUUCGCCAGGGCGACCCUGCACGAGAUUGCCGGUUUGAGUUAAAUCCAACGUACGCAGUGGUCGAUGCCUUUGUGACGUUUUAUCUCCCCCUGGUGGCCAUGUGCUGGAGCUACCACAGAGUUUUUUGCAUCGCAAGGACGCAGGCGAAACGGAUCAUUUCUACGAGACGGUGUUCUUCGUCUUCACCAGGAGUGAUGAUGCUCACCCUGCGUGAACACAAAGCCAUGGUGACGCUUGCAGUGGUGCUUGGUGCUUUCGUGGUGUGCUGGUUCCCGUAUUUCACUUUUUUUAUGAUAAUGGGGAUAAGCAACGAAGAUAACCCGCCGCAAACUGUGCAGUCUGUGGUGCUUUGGCUAGGAUAUGCAAACUCUGCCCUAAACCCAGUACUUUACGCCACACUCAAUAGAGACUUCAGGUCAGCUUACGCCAAGCUGCUCUGUGGAGGACGAGGAUGUAAAACACGGAUGAGAAUACCGAAGGUGACAAUGGAGGAGGGGACAAUGGGUGAACACACCCCUCUGCCAAACAGGGUGGGGCUUCUGCCAAGAACUUGUGUGCUGCUGCAAGAGAUCAACAACAGGAAGACGGUCAAAAGCAACAAAACAACUGGUGCUACAGUUACCAUCAUAGCUAAUGGGAAUAAAAUGUAAUAGAAAUACAAGUUUGUUUAUCUAUUACAACAGAGACUGAGGCCCCGUCCACAUGGAGACGUGUCUAGCUGUAUAUGCAUACAUUUUGUAACGUAUAGGCGU